GCCAUUUCCCUCCUUUUCUUAUUUUCUCUCUCUACGACUUCCUGGUUUUUUUUCGUCUCCAACCUUCCUUUCUCUCUAGAAAUCCCCUGUAUCCUUUUUGUACCCUCUCUCACCCUCCAUUUUCUCUCUCUAUAGCACCCCAAUUAACUUAAAUCCCUCUUUCUCUCUCUAAAAAAUCUCCGGUUUCUGCCUUCCUCUCUUCCCUUUUCUCUUGUAUCAACCCUCAUUAACCCAAAUCCCUGUUCUUCUCUCUGCAAUGCUCCCCUACUCUGCUCUCUCAUUCUCUCUCUAUCAACCCCAAUAACCUAGAUGCUCCAUUAGAAGAAGAGAUGGGCUCUCUACCCCAAGAAUUCUCUGAGAGGCUCCAGCCCCAAACCAUAAAUUCAACGAAAUUGCAUCAACUCUUUGAAACCCAACGUAGAAUCAUCAAUUACUUCUUUGAAAAUCUCGAUUUUUCGCAGGCCCGGAGCUUCUCAGAAGCUCUGUUAAAUACCCAUGGUACCAUUUUCUUCACAGGCAUUGGAAAAUCUGGUUUUGUGGCCCAAAAAGUGGCUCAAACCCUGGUUUCUCUCGGUAUAAGAUCUGGGUUUUUAUCAGCCACCGAUGCUCUUCAUGGUGAUAUAGGAAUUAUGGGUAAGGGAGAUACUCUGGUUUUGUUCAGUAAGAGUGGGAACACAGAGGAGCUUUUGAGGUUGGUGCCCUGUGUAAAAGCAAAGGGGGUUUUUCUGAUGGGGGCUUUCUCUAGCAAGGAUUGCCUUCUCUCUAGAGAAUGCGAUUUGUGGGUUUAUUUGCCUUUAGAGAGAGAAUUAUGUCCCUUUGAUCUUGCGCCAGUGACCUCGACUGCAAUUCAAAUGGUUUUCGGAGAUACCGUGGCCAUUGCUUUGAUGGGUGCAAAGAAUUUGACCAGAGACGAGUAUGCGGCAAAUCACCCGGCCGGAAGGAUUGGCAAAUGCUUGAUUUUUAAGGUUAAGGAUUUGAUGAGGAAGCAAGAACAACUCCCCAUUUGUAAAGAAGGAGACCUGAUCAUGGAUCAGCUUGCUGAGCUAACGAGUAAAGGGUGCGGGUGUUUGUUGGUUGUUGACAAUAAGCAUAGACUGAUCGGGACUUUCACCGAUGGUGAUCUUCGUCGAACCCUCAAGGCUAGCAAAGAAGGCACAUUCCAUCUCACUGUAGGAGAGGUUUGCAACAGGAGUCCAAGAACAAUUGGACCCAAUUCGAUGGCAGUAGAGGCGAUGCAAAAGAUGGAAGCUCCUCCUUCUCCGGUUCAGUUCUUGCCUGUGGUCGACGAUCAAAAUGUGGUGAUCGGAAUCGUCACAUUGCAUGGAUUGGUUUCUGCUGGGCUUUAAUUUUCGUUCUUUGUUUCCUUCAUUGAAUUCCUUCAGUUUUCUUUGCUCCUUUUCUUUUUUUAUUGAUAUUGUCGUAUGAUUUAACAUCUUACCAAAUUGUCAAUUCAUUCCUUGAUAAUCAACUGGUUGCUGGUGACCUUGAAACUGAA